AUGUCUUUACAGACGGUUCUGGGCCGCUGGUGGUCUUCAGCCAACGGGACGCUGAAAGGGCACCAGCUCCUCGUAAUUGCCCCCGCGCCACCGGCACCUGAGUGGGUGGAGAAGGUCAAGAAGAAGUACCCGGCCCUCGAGAUUAUACACUACAACAAGAACCCCUGGGAGGCAGGCCAGACAGUGCCGCGUGAUAUUGAUUGGUCGGAUGUCACGAUUGUCCUGACUGGACCUCUGGUUCCUCGCCCUGAGCAGGCGCCAAAACUACAGGUUGUGCAAGUCUCGAGUGCAGGAGUGAACUACCUCCUAGACAACCCUCUCUUCAAAGAUACCGAUGUGAAUUUCUGCACAGCAAACGGUGUGCACGGGCCACAGAUAGCGGAAUGGGUAAUUACUACGUAUUUGGCAAGCCAACAUCACAUUCCCGACUAUUUAGAGCUUCAAAAUCGCGGUACCUGGAAACGACUUGAUGCCAACGUUCAAGACGGCGUCGGCGCGCGAGUGGGUAUCCUUGGAUACGGUAGCAUUGGAAGGCAAGUUGCCAGAGUUGCCAAAGCUCUCGGCAUGGAUGUGAUUGCUUACACUAACGGCCGCCGACCCACACCUGAGUCACGCAAAGACGAGGGAUACAUCGUUCCUGGAACUGGUGAUCCGGACGGCAUUUUCCCAUCCAGAUGGCUAUCUGGAGCAGAUGAUCAGUUUGAAGAAUUUCUGAGCUCUGACUUGGAUUUACUGGUUGUUGCAGUGCCUUUGACACCAAGUACCACCGGUCUCAUCUCUGGACCUCAGUUCAAGCUCCUCUCCAAGAAAAAGACCUUUCUCUCGAACAUUGCUCGGGGCCCUAUCGUCGACACCGAUGCAUUGAUUGAUGCUUUGGACAACAGGAUGAUCCGCGGGGCUGCGUUGGAUGUGACUGACCCUGAACCCCUGCCGGACGGCCAUCCCUUGUGGUCCAAGCCCAACGCAAUCAUCACACCUCACAUCAGUGGGAACUCCAGUGCGUACAUGGAUCGAGUGUACGAUAUUCUAGAGUUGAACCUCCAGAAGCUUAGUGAGGGAAAGGGGGAGUUGGUGAAUAAAGUUAACAAGAAGACUGGAUAUUAG